AUGGACAUGGCUUCUCCAUUUUCAGCUUCCUUCCUCCUCCUCUUCCUCCUAAUUCAACCAUUUGUUCUAAGUUUCAUCCAUUGUUCAUACAUAUCUGCCAUCGGGGAUCCCGGAAUGAAGAACCCAAAUGUCCGAGUGGCAUUGGAGGCAUGGAAUUCCUGUAACGAAGUUGGUGCCGAAGCUCCCACCAUGGGCAGCCCCAGAUUGGCCGAUUGCGCUGAUUUGCAGCCCUCAUCAGCUCCCACCAUGGUUGCCCACAAAGUAAACGAAUCAAUUAACAAACUCAAAGCCGGUGAAAAAUUCCCAUCGGAGCGAUUCAAGCCAUACACAGACCCAAAUUUAUACGCCGCGGAGAAGGAGCGCUAUCUGGGUUCAUUAUGCGAGGUCGAUGGCUCUUCAAAUCCAUGGAAUUUCUGGAUGAUUAUGCUGAAAAAUGGGAAUUUGGACAAGAAUUCUACGCUUUGUCCUGAGAAUGGUAAGAAGGUUAGUAAAAUUAAAACAGAGUUGAAGUUCCCCUGUUUCGGUGAAGGGUGUAUGAACCCACCUCUUGUUUGCCAUAACUAUUCGAGAUUGGUGUCUUUGGAGGACGGGAUGGUGUCUUUAAGUGGUGGGUUCUAUGGAACUUAUGAAGUUGAUGCUGAUUUGAGUAAUGGUAUAGGGAAAAAUUCUUACUUUUCGGUGUCUUGGCGGAAGAAUGUUACAACAGGGAGUUGGGUGUUCUUGAAUCGAUUGACGACGUCUUCUAAGUAUCCUUGGCUUAUGUUGUACCUUCGAUCUGAUGCAACCAAGGGCUUCAAUGGUGGGUAUCACUAUGAUGGUCGUGGCAUUAUGAGCAAGUUGCCUGAGUCCCCAAAUUUCAAGGUGAGGUUGACACUUGAUAUCAAAAGUGGUGGUGGAAAGGGCAGCCAAUUCUAUCUGCUAGACAUAGGAAGCUGUUGGAAGAACAAUGGAGAUCCUUGCAAUGGCGACACUACUACCGAUGUAACUCGAUACAGUGAAAUGAUUAUCAACCCCAAGACCGGUGGUACGUGCAAGCCGAGCAAUCUCAUGGCUUGUCCGCCCUAUCAUGUUAGUUCUUCGGGAGAGAAGAUAUACAGGAAUGAGACCUCGAGGUUUCCAUACUCAGCUUAUCAUCUGUAUUGCGGUCCUGGAAAUGCUAUGCAUUUGGAGAAACCAUGUGAACUUUGUGAUCCAUAUAGCAACCCGCAGUCUCAAGAGUUGGUACAGAUUCUUCCACAUCCUGAAUGGGCUGUUCAUGGCUAUCCUCAGAAGCAAGGUGAAGGAUGGGUUGGAGAUCCUAGAACUUGGGAGCUCGACGUUGGAGCUUUGUCCAAUCGCCUGUACUUCUACCAGGAUCCGGGAACGAAGGCAGCUAGGCGGAUAUGGAGUUCUAUCAAUGUUGGCACAGAAGUAUACUUCAGCGAAGGGGAGACAGCAGAGUGGAGCGUAAGUGACUUUGAUGUUUUGGUGCCUAAAGAUUAGAGAUGGAGGCUAGUCUCUCAUUUUAAGUUAAA